AUGUCCGAAGACAGCAAGGCACAAGGCCCCGGCCUCAGCUUUGCUGACAUUGCUGCGGGCAUCGUAGAAGACUGCCUGUACAACAUCAUUCACGACAUCGUGCUCCAGACGCACCGGGAAGAGAAGCUGCAGCGCAUGCAGUCGGCCGCGACGGUGGCGGAGCAAGCGGCGAUCGCGGAGCACCAGGAGAACGCGGAGAAGUCGACGACGGGCAAGGGGUCAUCGGCGGCGGCGUCGGCGAACAAUCCGCAGCCGCCGUCGGUGCGCAUCGACACGCCGGCGGCCGUCUACGACAACGGGCGGGUGACCUUGCGGGGGAACCCGCUGAAGACAACACCCGAGUCGGUGUGCCCGUUCUGCAAGCUACCACGGCUGAAGCACCCGAUCGCGGGCGUGGGCUCGCAACUGCCGGACCUGUCGCGGCAGUACUGCACGCGGCACCCGUUCGUCAGCCGGCAGGGCCACGACAUCUACAACAACCCGUUCCCGACGGACAUGGCCAAGACGAAGAAGGAGCGCGAGCUGAUCAAGCGGCAGGAGAAGGACAACACGCCAGGCGGCAGCCAGCAAGGGGACGACUCGCAGGAGAACAGCCUGUCGAAGCUGGCGGCCGGCGGCAAGCCCGCGUCGUACAUCCCCUGGCACACGUGCCCCAACUGCAAGCGCAGCCUGCUCAUCACGCGCUUCGCGCAGCACGCAGAGAAGUGCCUGGGCAUCUCGGGCCGCCAGAGCAGCCGCAACGCCAUGGCCAAGCUCAGCUCGUCGCAGGGCGCCGCCAGCUCCGCCGCCGGCAACACGCCACUCGGCAGCAGGGUCGGCACGCCCAACCCGGGCAGCCAGGGCAGCAAGAUCAGCCCCAUCAAGAAGGAAGCAGCGGCGGCAGCAGCAGCAGCGGGUGGCGAUGGAGACGGCGACGAGGACGGCGGUGGCGGCGACACGCCUAAGAAGAUCAAGAAGAAGAGCAGCUACGUCAAGAAGGCUGACCGCGACCGCGAUGGCGGCGGCGACAGCGAAAGGCGCGAGAAGGGCGGCACGAAGAUUCUGAAGCUCAAGACUGGCGGCAGUUCGCUGGGCAGCGGCUCCUCGUCGAAACGCCCGCCCAAGGAAGACAGAGACGGGAAGGAGAGCACGCCGAUGAGCAGCAGCAGCAAGAGGGAAAGGGACAGGGAUGGUGACGAGCCGGUGCCGAGGAAGAAGAUCAAGUUGUUCAAGACGGAGAGCAACGCCAGCGACAUGACGGAUAGGGAGAAAGAUGGUGGGGAUAAGGAGUCUAAGAAAAAAGAGGAUCAGUCUUCUGCUGCUGCUGCUGCGGCGGCGGCGGCGGGAAGUCCAGCGAGUACGGCGAGUUAA